AGGGAGAAACUCCAUCGUCGUAACGCAAACCCCGUUCGAUGCGGCCGCAUAAGAGGCCGGUGGUCGCAUGUCUUUGAACAGUUCAAGCUGUGUCUGAAGUCGCUCUGUGGAACCUGUCUCCCUUCUGCCUGCACACGCGCUCCCUGGCUGCUCUCGUGCCCCGCGCCUGAUCUUCACGCCGCACCGUGGUGGAAACCUGAUUUGACGAAGGCGCAUAGCACCAAUCCUCCUGAAGGCGCCUGUACGAGUUUCAUCCCCCUACAGCACAUAUAAAGUGGGUAUCCGAUCAUGUCGCAGCAAAAGCAUGGCAAGCCAGAGGAAGAGCUGUUUAUGAACCGGCCGGCGGCUACGCCGGACGAGUCAACAGUUGCUCCCCUCAGGAUAAACAAGUCGGCCACGGCCUCAUCAUCUUCAACGCCCCCGCCACGAGUGCACUCUGCUGGUCUACAAGGAGGCCAGCAGCCCUUCCCAGCGCCGGCGUCCAACCCUCCGUCAGGCCCUCUCCCUUACCCCGAUUCAAGAUCAGGCUCUACCAAUCCUCCCUACCCGACCUCGGAUGCACCGCCAAUAAGCACGACACCGGACUCGAGUUCGGACAGAAGAAGAGGAUCCAGCGUGACCGCAGCGCAUCUGGGAGGGUCGCCUCGCACAAAGUUCAGCGCCAACGACCCAAACCGUCCCACUGCAGCUGGCUAUGCGAGUAACAUGUCACACGGGUCUGCCUCAGUGGGUGAGAGGAGGGGGAAUAUGCCGGCCUCUAUUUCGCCGCCCCCAGCUGGCGCGUCGAACGUGCCGGCCGGUCCAGAUUCCAGUAAGGAUGGCCUUUUUCAGAAGCCUCCGCCGGGACGGUCAGCUCAGGCAGCUACCGGCGUCAGUGCCGGCUCCAAUGGACAGCGCAAACCUUCAGAGGGGGGGAUUAAUCCUUAUCCAGACUAUCACCAGCAAUACUGGCCUCCGCCAUCCGGUGGGGCAAACGCUGGACCCUCGAAAUCUGGUGGACUCAGCAUUCCUGAUCCCGGCGGACCAGCCAUAGGCAGGAUGGACUCUACGGCAUCUGUUAUGACUACAAGGGCACAGCGCGGAUCCCCUCCUCCUCCAGAGACACCUAUCAUUCCUCCUACAGGAGGUGGUAUCGAAGCACGAUAUGCAGCGGCCGGAAUCGGGGGACCGUCGACGACAGCGCCAGCUAGCUCAGCUGCGUCGGCGAGGGCCGCGCAGUACGCCAUGCCGCGGCCUUCGGCUGGAAUCGCACCAGCUUCAACAGCUGCAACAGUCAGUGCUCAGCCGCAACCAACGCAGCAGCCUCCAAGGCGCCCGUGGACCCCGACGGAAGCUCCGGGCUCUCAACCCCACGGUCCACCUACCGUCUACCAAGGAAUGUCGGAGGUGACGGCGCCGACGACAUCGCCCCCCAAUUUCUCCCCUCCCCCAACAGUCGCAUCCGGACUUCCCCAGAAUCACUCAGGUGAGCAGGCUCUGGAGCAGGAUUUCAGCCGCAUGAAUGUAGGCGAAGAGCCCCCACCAGCGUACCAUACGGUAGCAAAUGGUGCAACGACUGCGCAAGGAUAUCCAAAUGAGAAGGCACGAGCAGCCAGUACUGCAGCAGCAGCAGCAGGUGGAGGAGGAGCAGCACCGACCAAUAUCGCUCAGCCAACCCCCACUUCUGCGGCAACUGGGGCGGCAAUGACGGCAGCAUCAGCAGCAGCAACGGCGGCGUCAGCAGCGGCAGCGGCAAAUCAAGGGCACCCAGCUUUUGCCAAUGACCCUCGAUACCAGGCUGGUCCGGCUUCGUCGCCUGCUCAAGCAAGUGCUGCAACUCCCUCCUCGAGCAUACAAGGCGUCUCCCCCCCUCCUCAGGGUGUCGGGCCAGCAGCAACGCCUCCACCACUACCAGAGGGUUGGAUCGCGCAUUUGGAUGGCAAGUCUGGUCAAUAUUAUUAUAUUCACCUGCCAACGCAAUCGACGCAAUGGGAAUUUCCUAAGGGUCCAACCCCUCUUAACUUGAAUGAGCCUUUGUCACCCACAGGCACUAUUGGCAAUCCAUUCGCCAGCCCCACAGCAGCGAGUUUCUCCAAACCAUUGGCAUCGCCUGGUUUUCCAGUACCACAAUCGGCCACAUUCCGACCUGAUGCAUACCUCAGCAUGAGCACCAUUGCAAGUCCAACUGCGGCAGGCUUUACGGGCCCUCCACCAGUCGCUGGUGUUGAGACUUACAAAGUCGCACCCACGAACGGUGUUUAUUUCGGCCCUUACCUAAGAUACACAAACAUGGAUAUCGAGCGUGGAAUCUGGCUCGGUUCUAUACUACUCGUCACGGAUGCUCCUCAGCCACCAACGAUCCAUAUCCAUCAAAGCAUUGAUCUUUCGCCGAAUCCGAGACAGCUAAAGCCAAACCCGAUCUACAGUCAUCAGAGAUGGAUGUUUUACAGAUAUGACGUGGACCUCAAAAUGGAAGAGCAGAGCACGAAGUGGACCUAUGCCGUGACAUCACAUCUCGGCUGUACGAGAUACGAGUUUGUUGUCGCUGGUCACUAUGAGACUAGCUGGCGCUUCAUCGCGCAUUCCGGAAACGACUUCGCUCUUAAUGUCAAUGUUAAUGAGCGUAACAAACUUGGCGGGGUGGGCUAUAUGUGGAAAGACAUUCUGCAGAAGCAUAUCGAAUGCAAUGGUUUCCACGUGCAGCUCGGUCUAGGUAACCAGAUCUAUGCUGAUCGCAUGUGGAAGGAGCUGCCACUUCUCAAGCAAUGGACAUCGAUUAGUGGAAAGGACAAUAGAAAGAACGCUGCGUGGACCCCACAGCACGAGGAGGAGAUUACGCACGCCUAUUUCCACUACUACACCAGUCAUUUUGACCAGCCUCAUGUACGAGAGGCCUUCGCACAAAUCCCCCACAUCUUGACUCUCGAUGACCAUGAUAUCUUUGACGGUUUCGGCUCUUACCCAGAGUAUAUGCAGUUCUCACAUGUGUUCACGAAUAUAGGUCGAAUAGGGAUCGAGAUGUAUCUUCUAUUCCAGCAUCACACCACACUCGAAAUCCUGCGCAACGUCAACAAUGAUCUUGAUCUAUUCACCAUAACCAGCACUGGUUGGCACUUCAUCAAGUAUCUGGGGCCAGCUGUUGUUGUAGUUGGCCCAGAUACUCGUUCUGAGCGCAAUCCGCAUCAAGUUAUGGCCGGGCGGACAUACCAAGGUAUCUUCCCUAAAGUUGCAAUGCUGCCGCCAAGCGUGCAACACUGCAUCUGGAUGAUUCCAGUACCAAUAGUCUACCCGCGAAUGGACUCGAUGGAGCAUCUGGUUAGCACAGUUGCAACUGGCAAGAAAGCAGCCACCGGUGCCUUCAACAUGCUUGGCAAGGUCACUAGUUCGGUUGCAGGAGUCGUCGGUGCUAAGGAGGUUGUCGGUGAAGGGUUUGCCUCGGUGAAAAAGGCCGUUGGAAAGUCAGGUCUUAUGAGCAGUAUCAUCAAUCCGUUUGGUGAGAUUGGUCCCAUCGAUGAACUCCGUGAUCAAUGGACACAUGAGUCAAAGGACCUCGAACGAACUUAUCUCAUCCGGACUCUGCAAGGUAUAGCACACAACAAGUCCCUCCGCAUGACAUUUUUCUCUGGUCAUGUCAAUGCCUGUGGGGCCGGUCUCGUGCAUGAUCCGGCAAAGCCACAGGAUCACAAGACGAUGUAUCAAAUCAUCUCAUCAGCAGUGGUCAAUGCCCCACCGUCAAACUACAUGCUCAAGUUGUUGCACUCGAACAAACCACUUUACGUGCCGGCAAAUGGUCACAGGAGCACGCAUACACCGUCUGACACGAAAGAAGAUAUGAUGGAAAUCUUUGGCCAGGACGUAAACGGCCAGCACAGGGAAUUGAAGCGUCUGAUGGGUCGUAGAAACUACGUUGCGUGUGUAGCCUUUGAUCCAGACGUUGUAAACCAAGGGUUUGGGGGCCCCGCAACGAUUCAGGGACAGCCCAAAUUGAGUCUAGCCAUCGAUUUCAUGGUCCAAGGUGACGGUGGGUAUGGCGGUGCGGUCAAGUACGGUCCCGUCAUUAUCCCUAACCUGGAGUUCGGGCGCUAAGGUGGUGCCCACCAUGUGGGAGAAAGGAUUUUUUGGUGGAAAGAUACGAUUAUCUGCAUGUUAUAACUUUCUCAUCAUCAGUGGAUUUAGCGAGUGUUGCUUGGUGGCGUGCACAGAAAGGUCGUGUUUUUUUUUUCUUGUCUCAAUGCUAGCCAACAACAACCUGUUGUCCUGAGCAGAUCACGCGAUUUUGUGUUUAUGUGCAAGCGCAGACUAGAUAGCUGAUUCACAUCGUCUCCUCGCUUAUUCCCCCAGUCUGCG